AUGAUUAAAUCCAUGGAACACAUGAGCGAACAAUUUGAAGACGUAUUACGGGAACAGAAAUCUACUCAAGACUCACUUAUGGAAUUGAAAACCGAAUAUAAGUAUUUGAAAUCUACUGUUGCUGAUCUAACAGGUAGAAUUUGUCAAUUAGAACAACAUUUUCGGGCUAAAAACAUUGAAAUACAAUGCGUACCUGAAAAGAAACACGAGAAUCUAAUUAAUAUCGUCACUGAGAUAGGGAAAGUCGUAAACUGUAAGUUAACAAGCGAGCAAAUCUUAACUUGCACUAGAGUUGCAAAAUUACAACGUGAAACAAAUCGUCCACGCUCUAUUGUAGUUGAAUUCGUCUCACCUAGAUUGCGAGAUGGAAUGCUUGCUGCUGUAAUAAAAUAUAACAAAGCUAACUCAGAUGAUAAAUUAAAUAGUGAACGGAUUGGUAUUUCUGGAGUAAAAACGCAGAUCUACGUUGCUGAGCACCUUUCUCCUGCUAACAAAAUGCUUCAUGCUGCUGCGAGAAUUAAGGCUAAGCAGAUGAAUUACAGAUUUACUUGGGUCAGAAACGGCCGUAUAUUUGUGCGCAAAGAUGAAGAGUCGUCCUUUAUCUGGAUAAAAGACAAUAGUUCUUUGGAUAAAAUCAUUUAA